CCCCGUCGGGAGGAAACGCUAUAAACCCCGGGGAGCGCCGGCUGGGAAGGGAAACGGGCGAAAAGGCGCUCCCAAGCUCGAGCUCUCUCUCCUUCCGACGACAAGGCUGCUCCGACUUCUGACGAUGGCCGGCUGGAUCUCUCCGAGGCUUGAAGGCGCCUGCCUCUUCCUAGGUUUGCACCUGCUCCAAUCUGUGCUCAGUACAACCGUGAUCCCAAUAUGUGGAGUCAAUGGGACUAACUGUACAACUGCUUGGGUUCGAACAGAAAAAAGUCCCCGUGUAGCUCAAGUUCGGAUCACAGGGUGCAAGUCUGAUAUGAACAAUUACUGCUUCAAUGGAGAUUGCAUGUACCUUGUGGAGUUGAAUGAGCAUUCCUGCAGGUGUUAUACAGGUUAUGUUGGUGUCCGAUGUGGCCAUUCCAAUUUUGAGCUCGUCCAGCAGCCCCUCAGCAAUGAGUACUUGGCACUCACUAUUCUCUUGGUUCUUCUUUUCUUCAUUGCAAUUUCCGUGGUGAUCUACUACUUCUACACAUGGUACCAGAACAAGAAGCGAAGACUUGCUACAAACACGAAUUAUAAAGAAGUUGCCACAAAUAAUGAAAAAGAUAAUAAGCUGCUUCAUGUGUGAAAUAUGAGACUUGUGCAAACCAUUUAUUUAAUAUCAUUAAAUACUUAUUUUAUUAAUAAUAUUUAUGCUCUAAGCAAAAGAAUUUCAAAAGAAUGCAGGUCAAAAGGGUUAUUUUUGUAAUAAUAAAUUAUAUUUGUAUUUGUAUCUUGUUUUUUUAUUCUGUUUUAUUUUUGUGCAACAUUUUGAUAAUGCAAUGUAGAUGCGCCUUGCAUUCAUCCUCAAUGUAAAAAAGUUGUUUAUGAGGGUGCCGAAAAACGUAUGACGGAAUGUAAUCUUCUUACUGCUUGCACUUAAUGCACUGUGAAAUACAUAAUUUUGUAUUGUGUUCACUUUAAGAAACUCCUACUGUUGAGGAUUAAAUCUAUCUAAAUGUU